GCUUUGCUACUCAUUUCUUAAAAUUGUUAGCCCGUUGCAAUGGCGAGUCUGGAUCUUGUAAAUAAUAUUGAACAUCGUGACAGUAUCUUAAUUUUAUUGCUAUUUUGCACGCUGCCCGCUUAUCAUUAGACCAUUCGGAUUUUACGACAAAUUUGUAAAUUGUUGUGAAUAGCGUGGCACCAUUAUUAUUACCUAACCUUGUGAAUAUUUAUAACAAAUCGAAAUCCCAAGUUUUCUGAAUUUUAUCAUUUAUGUAUUAUGGAUGGGUUUUCUGGUCAAAACAAUCUCCGUAAUUGUGGCGGAAACAACAGCGCACCGGCUUCAACCGAUCCCAGACGCUGGCGUUUGAUCUGCGACUCCGGACGACAUACAUGGAGAUAUUAUGAACAACUUGAGAAGCUGCCUAGGGAGCAAAAUUUUUUGGAACAACAUGCGCUGGGACUGACUAUAACUAAAGAUGCUGAUGAGAAAUGUAAUGGCAGAGCGAAUACUGCUGAAAAUGCCCUUCAAAGAGGAAUGACGUUUUACGCAAAUCUACAAGCGGAAGAUGGACAUUGGCCGAGUGAUUACAGCGGGCCUCUUUUUCUUAUUCCGGUGCUGCUUAUUGCUUGUUAUGUAACAAAUACCUCCAUUUCCGAUGCUCAAAGGAAAGAGAUGGUUCGGUAUUUGCGUUCCGCGCAACGUGUGGAUGGUGGAUGGGGGCUUUACAUCGAAGGACCGGGAACAGUAUUCGGAACCACCUUUAAUUACUGUGCUAUGCGCAUUUUGGGCAUUGGUGGUAAUGAUCCUGAUUUGGUUCGGGCCAGGAAAUAUUUGCACCGGUUAGGAGGAGCAUUGACCAUUCCAUCGUGGGGCAAGUUCUGGUUGUCGGUGUUGAAUGUAUACGACUACGACGGGAUGCACAGCAUAUUCCCGGAGAUGUGGCUGCUUCCGGAAUGGGUACCCAUUCACCCAUCGAAGUUGUGGUGUCACUGCCGACAAGUGUACCUUCCGAUGGGAUACUGCUACGGACGCCGGUUGAAGGCAGCGGAAACGGAUUUGGUGCGACAGCUGCGGCAAGAGCUGUACGUGGAGGAUUAUUCCACCAUUCAGUGGAAAGCGCAUCGGGAUAAUGUAUCGCCAGCGGACCUUUACACACCCCACAGCUGGCUUCUAAAACUGGCAUACGUUUUCUUGGACUAUUACGAAAAGUGGCACAUACCGUUUAUCCGAGAAAAAGCUUUGGGAAGGUGCUACGACAACAUUUGCGCCGAUGACGAGUUCACUAACUUCAUCAAUAUUGGCGCGGUCACCAAAGGCCUGAAUAUGCUUGUGCGAUGGUCAGUUGAUGGCCCCCAGCACCCGGCUUUCCAAAUGCACCAGGAACGCAUUAGCGAUUACCUGUGGCUUGGUUCGAAUGGGAUGAGAGUCAAUGGAACCGAUGGCUCACAGCUUUGGGAUACCGUCUUCUCAGUUCAGGCAUUCCUGGAAGCUGGAGCCGCCAAAGACACAGCUUUUCUUCCUGUACUUCGUCGCGCCUACGAAUUUAUAAAAUCUUCCCAAAUACGCGAAGAUCCUCCAAACUACACGGUAUAUUAUCGUCAGUCUUGUAAAUAUGGCUGGACAUUUACGACACGGGAUGGCGGUUGGAUGACCCCUGACUGCACAGCAGAAGCCGUAAAAAGCCUCCUGUGUCUAGAACACGGUCCGGAAAGCAUUGAACCAAUUCCCGUGGAAAGGUUACAUGGUUCCGUCAAUUUGCUUAUAUCGCUGCAAAACAAGAGUGGAGGAUUCUCCAGUUAUGAAAAGCAGCGCGGAGGUCACCUUUUGGAGUUGCUGAAUCCGUCGGAAAUCUUUGGCGAUAUUAUGAUUGAUUAUUCGUACAUAGAAUGUACGUCUGCAGUUUUACAAGCAGUCAACUUGUACCAGAAAACUUAUCCUACUUACCGAGCAAGUGAAAUUCGUGAAAUUAUGCAUCGCGGAUUAAAUUUCAUAAGAAGAGAACAACGUGAAGACGGAUCCUGGGAAGGUCGUUGGGGCGUGUGUUUUACAUACGGCACGUGGUGGGCGCUGGAAGCUUUGGCUUGUAUGGGAUACCACUAUAAUACGGUCAAUCAAAGUGAAUCAGUGCGCAAAGCUUGUAGCUUCCUUAAAAAUUACCAAAACGACGAUGGCGGUUGGGGUGAAGACUUUGAAUCCUGCAAACAGCGGAGAUACAUCCGUAGUCCAACAUCGCAUGUAAUCAGUACAUGUUGGGCAUUAUUGGGUUUAAUGGCUGUCCAGUACCCGGAAGUGUCCAUCGUGGAAAAAGGAAUAAGGUUUAUUGUCAGUCGCCAGUUAGAAAAUGGCGACUGGCCACAGGAAGCAGUUAGCGGUGUGUUUAAUAAGUCUUGUGCCAUUAACUACGCCAAUUACCGGAAUAUUUUUCCAAUUUGGACACUCGGUCGUUUUAUUGCGCGCUAUGGUCAGAAUUUUCUUUAUUAUACAUAAAGUAAUAGCAAAACUGUUGAUUAUUGGUUAUUUUUUAUUGUUAAAUAUUUUCGGAUUGCGAUAUUUGUAGUGUUUUGCAAUUUAAUUGUAAAACGAUUCCACACUGUACUACAAAGCGGCUCUAGUCCGAAUCCUGGAGCCUUUAAAACACUUUAAAACUCUUAAAUCUAACCCUCGA